CAACCGCAGGUUGCUGACGUCGUGGCUCAUCGAUUUGGCGGCCACGCGACGGCCACAGCGCACACAGCAGAUCAAGAUUGCAGCAAUGAUGACGGGUGCCGGCGGCAGCAUUUUCCUUCUGGUGGUGUUGAUCUUCGCCACCGUCCUGCCCCUGGCCCGUUGCCAACACGCACCUGAGGCGGAUGAGGAUGUUGACUACGUGGUAGUGGGUGGCGGUGCGGCGGGCAUUCCCCUGGCGUACACCCUUGCUGAAAUGGGCAAGACGGUGCUGCUGAUUGAGAGGGGCGGCGUGCGCACCGAGAACAAGAGAGAAACGUAUCCCAUCAAGGCCUAUGGCAUAGAGCUCCUCAACAAGGAUAUCGCACAGGAAGUUUUGACAUGUAGGCGACACACGCACACGGACACGCACAACCACACACUGUGCACGUCUGUUUGUGUGUUUGCCUUGUGCCUGCAGUGGACAAGUUCCUGACCCACGUGCCGAGCCUCCUGUGUGGGGGGACCUGCAUCAACGGAGGGGUGUACAUCGAGGAGACGGCCGAGUACUUCAACUUCCUCGAAGAGAAAUUUGGCUCCAAGUUCGACAAACAGCUCGUCAACGCGGUAUGAUGACCUACCGACCGACGACUGACGGCCACGUCUUUCUCCCUGUGUAUGUCAUGCAGUCGUACGAGUGGGUCAGACAGCAAAUUGCCCAGCCGAUGGGGCUGCCCAAGGAGUACUCCGAGGCGUUGAUUGGCGGUCUCACAGACCUGGACUUCAAGCCAUACGUCGGCCCGUCGGUGAGCGCCACCAUCGGCUCCUGGAAUGGGUUCUCCAUCUUUGAAAACGAUGGGAAACACCUCUCGCCCGAUCGGUUCCGGUUUGCGAGCGAUAUCCUGGCGCUGGGGGGCCUGGCUGAGCCGCCAGGGCCGCCUAGUACCCUGAAGAUACUCACCCGGCAUGAGGUCCUGAAGGUCGAGUUCGACACAUCUGGGGAAAAGCCGAAGGCGACUUGCGUGGUUUACAGGGCGUCCCCUGGCGAGUUCGACAGGAUCGACUCCCGUGCGAACGCGGGGCUGAAGACCAGACCAGGCGUCGGGGAAAAGCUGGACGUCGGCAAGGAUGACGGCGACGAUGGCGGCAAAGAGCUGAAGCGCGCCUGCAUUAAGGAGGAGGGGGGAGAGAUCUUCCUGAGUGCUGGGGCGCUGAUGAGUCCGGUGAUCUUGAUGAACUCUGGGGUCGGGCCGAAGGAUGUGGUGGAGAAGGUCAUGAAGAAGAAGGGAGGCAAGCUCGUCAAGGACAUCCCGCAGCUAGGUCGGCCCCUCUCUCUCCCCUUCUCUCCCUCUCUCUCUCUCUCUCUGGCUGUGCGCACACCUCUCCCCGCCCACACACACAUGUCUGUCUGUCUGUCUGUCUGUCUGUCUGUGUGAUUGUAUGUCCACCCACCAGGCCAGAACUUACACGAGAGGUGGUCCGUGCAGUUCGGCGUCUUCUUCAAGAAGCCCGCACCGGAAAACCCGGCGGGCGAGUUCCCCGUCACCAUCACCUCGGUCAACGGAAUGAAGCAGCUCCGGCUCUCUGAGGACUGUCCUGAAGACUUUGGGUGAGUGAGUACUAUGCAUGGAUGGAUGGAUCUCAUCUGGAGGUGUCUGUAAGUCAGAACAAAUGCGCCACUCGUGUGUGUGCAGGUUUAACACGACGCCCGAGUGCCUGUACGUGUCUGUCGAGGAGGGCAGUGGGGCUACGUUUGCAGGCCUGGUCGUGUCCACCAGAGCUGCCUUCCCCGUUGUCAUUCGCACCCUGCCGUACGUGACACCAAGGAAGAAGAUCAGAACGGACCUCGCGCAGCCAGCAAGUGUGUCUGUCUGUCUGUCUGCCUGGGUUUGUCUGUCAGGGAAGUGGACUUUCUUGCCGACCUGCUGACAGAGUGUGUUGUGGAGAAGAGAGAUACACUCCUGUGCGUCAUUUUCCGGCCGACAUUCGAGUGCACCGAGUAAGCCAGCGAGCAGAGCGGCCUGGUCUGGUCCGAGAGACACCACAUCCUCUACAAGCGCGCCAAUGUGGUUGAUUGGUUCGUUCAUUCAGUCGGACCGCUGGGUGGAUUGCAUUCCCCCCGGUGCCCAAGUCGCGGGGCUUCGUCACUGUCAGCGAGGAUGGUAUGCUCAUAUGCUCAGAUACAGACAGACAGACAGACAGACGCUGGUGCUGCCCACCGGCGACUGCAAUGCAUUGUCCGUCGUGUGUGUGCCGACUGACACCACCCACUCAGGAGAGCCAAUCGUCAAGGCCGGCUACCUCACGGACGAGGGCGGCGAGGACCUCAACACUGCCGUCCUCGGACUCGAGACGCUCCUGCGGGUACGUCAGGGAGACGGUGGAUGGAUGGAUGGAUGGCUGUGUGUCGACUGGUGUGUGUAUGAUGGCUCGGUACGUGUGUGUGUGUGUGCAGGUGCUGGGGAGUGGUCGCUUCGACGAGUUGCUUGAUAGGCGCGGUCCGCAGUCUUGCGUCAUCUACAUCUUGAACAAGCUGGUGGACGUGCUCAUCCUGACCACACGAGCGCUGCCAUUCCCCUUCCCGGGAGAUAAGUCCCUGGGGGUGCGCACCCGCCCACACACCAACACACACAUAUUCAUGUGUCUCCCUCUGUGUGUGUGUGUGUGUGUGUGUGUUGUGUCGUCAGGGGGACCUCCUGGCCGAUCUCGACGAGUUAUCUUUCCUCGGCAGGGAGCAGGAAAGUGACGAGGACAAGGCAGCAAGACCCAAGGGAACCGGCGACCGGACCCUGUUGCAGGAUGCCCUGGUGUGGGCGGAGCUGCAGAAGCGGAAGGAGGCCGCCCUUGAAAAGAGCAGGAAGGCCUGGCGGGAGGGCAAGGGACAGGGAGAGGGGGAGGGCGACGCCGAGCCCCAGUGGAGGGGCGACAAGGGCCCGGUCGCCGAUUGGCUUAGGGAACAGGUGGCCCUGGCCUCGGAGGUGCCCGCUGAGCCGGUGCGCUUAGCCACCAACCCAGUCACCGUGUUCCUGCAUGGAUGGAUCUGGCCCCUCUCUCUCUAUGUGUGUGCGUGUGUGUGAUCAGGAGAGUGGUCUGGAAGACCUGAAGUGCGAGCUGGUCGACUCGGAGGAGUGCGAGAGGCGGCGGCAGCUGAAGCAUGCCCAGCAAUUCGCCAUCCUGCCCACCCUGCCGACAGGUGACGCUUGACGUGACGCCCACAGCCAGUCGAACAGCUCAGCUCAGCCACAUACCCACCCACACAAGACGAGACUUUCUGUAUGGUCAGAUUUGUACGACCGCGAGGAGAUGGAGGGGGUCAUCAAGACGCACGGGAACGGGAUGUGGCAUUGGUCCGGGUAAGUAACUGAGUGACUGAGUGGGUCGGCCUGCGUCCUUGUGUGUGGGUGUAUCUGGUGUAUCUGGGGUGUCUGUGUCUGUGUGUGUCUUUGUUGUUGUGUGCAGGUCAUCGACGAUGGGCGCUGUGGUCGAUGAGAAGUUCCGCGUCCACGGCAUAGACAAUCUGAAUAUUGUCGAUGCAGGAGUCUUCGGGCAGGUCCGUCAAAAGGCGUGUGUGUGUGUGUUCUGCUGACCUGCCUGUCUGCAACCCCUCUCUCUCUUUUUCUCUGUGUGUGUGUGUCUUUGUUGUGUGCUCACUGGAUGGCAUGGCUUGACGUGGCUGCAGGCGUCUCGAAUGAACGUGCAGGCGCACAGCCUCAUGGCUGGCAGAAUGGCAGGCUCGCAGAGGGCGAUGGAGCAGCAGGAGGACAAUAGAUAGAUGACCGCAGGCAGCUCAGCUGCAGAGAGACGCACAUAGGGGUUUAUUUGGUGCGGUCGUGUGUGUGUGUGUGUGUUUCAUUCAUUCAUUAAUUCAUGCAUGCAUCGGUUUUUUGUCGUUCUAUCGUUCUACACUCGCACGCACGACAAUCGAGAACGCAAUUAAGUUACAUAGCAAUCGACAGGCGGUGUCUGUCUGAUCUCUUUUGCUUUCAUUCCUGUGUCUCUAAAUCGGUCUGCCUGUCUAUCUGUGUGUCUCUGUCUGUCUGUGUGUCCGCGUUGGGGGCGGGGUGGCGGGGCGGGGUGGUCAUUCUCACUCACACCUUAAGACACAGAGAGAGACACCCUCGGAGAGCGAAUGUGUGUGUGAGUGUGUGUGUGUCUGUGUGAGAGAAUGUGCAUUUGCCAUUUUGUGUCAAGUCACCAGCUGAUUGUCUUAUUAUGGUGACGCUAGCGCUAUGCCGGGUGCCUGGGGCGGGUGGCGGGUGGCGGUGGGUGUCACGGCCGGCCGGCCACACACAGGUGACCU